AUGGCUCCAACUCCUACUGGUCACUCCCAUCGGAGUACAACAAAAACAACUCAAAAAGCUUUUAAGUCAAGAAAGGCUUCGAAAGGUUCAUUGAAGGAAUUGUCAAAAGGUAAGGUGCAAGAUUUGAGUCACCGAAAAUCUCCUCACCAACAACUUAUGUCAAAGUUCGAUCGUCGUAACCAAGCCCGCCAGAAGCAAAAUACAAAGCAUAAGGAACACCAAAGGGAUUUGAAUGUCUUCCAGGGACGCGACGGCGCACCAAGAAUAGUUGCCCUUGUACCGCUGUGCGAUGACGCAAAUGCUGCAGCCGCAGUACGGAGUUUGACUGAAAGUCUGGAUGUUGAGAUUGAUGUCCCAGAAGAAGGAAUCAUCCGUGCCGAUAUCGACAGAUUCAAGCAGAAAGUUCAAUAUAUCAUUACCAAGAAAGAAUUGUUUAGCUGCAUGAAUGCUGGUAGAGUGGCAGACUUUGUGGUUUUUAUUUUAUCACCGGAACAAGAAGUGGAUGAGUUAGGUGAACUCAUUAUCCGCAGCGUCGAAAGCCAGGGAUUGUCGACUACCUUGACCGUUGUUCAAGGGCUGGACCAGGUUGAGCCACCAAAACGAAGACCUGGAAUCCUUUCUUCGCUCAAAUCCUACGUACAGCAUUUUCAUCCGGAUCAAGAAAAAGUGCACAAUCUAGACUCGAGGCAAGAAUGUGUCAAUCUCAUGCGAUCAUUGUGUACAUUGGCCCCGAAAGGAAUUCGAUGGAGAGAAGAAAGGAGCUGGAUGUUAAUCGAUGAGGUUCAGUGGCCAACGAACGAACAGGAAAAUGUCGUCUUGACUGGCUUCGUCAGAGGUAAAGGGUUGAAAGCAGAAAGAUUGAUCUCAGUUGGAGACUGGGGUGAUUUUCAAAUCGAGAAGAUAACAGCUGCACCAUUGACCUCUAAACACAGACGCACGGAAGAAAUGGCCUCGGAAGAUUCCAAUGAUGAGACUAUACUUGAAACGCCCGGUGAUGAGCAGGAUGAUCUUGCAGAACUUGCGCCCGAAGAAGUGAUGAUGGAGGAUGACGGAGAUGCCACCAUGUCGGUAGCUACAACAGAGAAGCGAGGAGUACUUCUUGAUGAUCACCACUACUUUUCUGACGACGAGACGCAUCUACCAGCUGUACCCAAACGACUUCCUAAAGGCACUUCCAACUAUCAAUCGGCAUGGUUCCUCGGUGAUCAUUUCUCGGACUCGGGCUCUGAUAUGGAAGACUUUGACGAAGAAAUGUCAAUGGAUACACCUGCUCUUCCUCAAGAUGGAGUCGAAGGGUUCGCGCCAAGAGAGCCUACAGAAUUUGCGCCAUCAGAAUACCCACAAUCGGAGAUGUUCCUGGAUCCAAAUCCGGACGAUGAAGCCGAAGCAGAACAACUAGCCGCGUUCAGAGGACGUAAAAAUGACGAGGCAGCAGAAGAUCGUGAAUUUCCAGAUGAAAUUGAGCUUCACCCGAAUGUUCUAGCACGUGAACGUCUUGCAAAAUUUCGCGGUCUGAAGAGUCUGCGCACCAGUCCUUGGGAGGAAGCUGAAGACAGAGCACAUGAACCAGAAGAUUGGAGACGCCUACUUCAAGUACCUGACUACAAAUCAUCUCGUAGCCAAGUCAUACGCGAGGCAUUAGUCGGUGGAGUUGCUGCAGGAACUCGAGUUCACAUCCACCUUCGUAACGUACCCAUUUCGUUACAAUCAACAUACAAUACUUCUCAGCCUUUAAGCGCAUUUUCUCUUCUCCGCCACGAGCACAAACGGGCUGUCUUGAACAUCAAUUUUACACUCAGCUCAGACUAUCCAUCACCAAUCAAAUCCAAGGAUGAAUUGAUUGUGCAAUGUGGGCCUCGUCGCUUCGUUGUCAACCCUCUUUUCUCUCAAGGUGGCAACACUCCCAAUGAUGUACACAAAUUCGAUCGUUUCCUUCACCCCGGUCAAUCAACCGUCGCUUCCUUCACUGGACCUCUUUCAUGGGGUUCCAUUCCAACUCUUUUCUUCAAACGACCUUCCGAAUCUGCGCCAUCAUCCGCGCCUCUCCUUUUGAUUGGUACUGGCACAUCUCUACCGCCAUCUACCUCUCGAAUUAUCGCUAAGCGUAUCAUUCUAACUGGCCACCCUUACAAAAUUCACAAGAGGCUUGUUACUAUCCGCUACAUGUUCUUCAAUCGUGAAGACGUCGAAUGGUUCAAAGCACUUCAGUUAUGGACUAAGAGAGGAAGAAGUGGUUUUAUUAAGGAGAGCUUGGGUACUCAUGGAUAUUUCAAAGCUACAUUUGAUGGCAAGAUCAAUCCUCAAGAUGCCGUUGGAGUUAGUUUAUACAAGAGGAUGUGGCCAAGAAAUGCAAGGGCUUGGGACCCCAUCUCGGAGGGACUUUUGGCAGAUUCAGCAGCGGACAAGGACGUCGCAAUGGAAUAG